AUGUCUCCUCUCAGAGGUUAUAUUACUUCCUACCCUCCGCGCGUGCGCCAGUAUGGAAACGCGCUCCUCACGCCCGUCGUUCCUCCAACUCAAGUUGGUCCUCCGCCACGGACGAAGCGCGGUACGGCCGCUAUAAACUAUGCGGAAGAUGGCUUUGACGAUGACGAUUUUGAUGAUAGCGAGGGACCCCGUCGUCCCACUGGCUUAAGGAGCCUUCGACGAGAGGAAUCGGUUCAUGACAAGGUGCCUUCUGCGGCGAAGCUAGGACAGGAAAUACAUGCUCCCGUUGAGGUUCAAGGGGUCUUUAGGGACUGGAUGAUUAAGAGGAUGGUGCGGCCUGGUUGCGCCGACCAAUUGCAGAUCCAAGCUCAGCUCCCCUUGACACUCAUACCUAUCCGGAUCGAUUUGGAGGUCCCAGCACAUCAGCCGUUGGAGCCGUUCCCCUUGCCACGAGGUGUUUUGGACCCUGGGAUAAACCCGACGCUACCCGGAUACAGGAGGCCUGACCCACUCCCUGCAUAUCGGAUAAAGGAUACAUUUCUAUGGAAUCUUCACGAGGCUCUAGCCACUCCGGAGGAAUUCGCGAGUGGCUUCGUCCGCGAUUUGGACUUGCCCAACCCACAAGCGAUGACGUUGGCUAUCAGCAGCCAGAUUCGUCAACAGUUAGAAGAGUACGCCGGUGUUGCACUACAUCCUUUAUUCCAGAGUACGCAACAAAAGCAACUUACAUCUGCACCGCUCUCACAGUCUGGGCGGGUCAGAGAUACUUCUGCAACCCCAGCGUCGACAAACGUUGCGACACCAGACACUCCAGCCGACGCAGUGGCGGUGACCAAAGAGCCGUUGGUGAAUGACAGUUUACUUCACCCGGACGAUGCGUAUAGAUGUCUGAUCAAUCUGAACAUCAAUCUGCAGAAUAAACUGUAUACGGACAAGUUCGAAUGGUCCCUCCUCCAUCCGCCUGGAAUGGCUGAGGAGUUCGCUAGAGUCACUAGCGCCGACCUGGGUCUCGGCGGAGAAUGGGUUAGCGCAAUCGCGCAUGGCAUCUACGAAGCUGUGCUAAAACUCAAGAAGGAAGUCUGUGAAAGUGGCGGUCUCAUAAGCGGCAUUGGAGGGUACGGCUAUGGAAAUGAAAUCGAUAACCAGGCAGCUAACGGCGCCGAAGCUGGUUGGCGAUAUGACCCCGAAGGACUCGGUGACGAGUGGGAGCCAAAGGUAGAGACAUUGUCCAAGGAGGAGAUUGAAAAGAGAGAAGGUGAUCGUGAGCGGCAGAUAAGACGUCUACGACGGGAAACCGCGCGGUUUUCAUCUACCGCAGGCAUUACACCUGACAUAUCAAGACAAAGCGUUGGCUUUUUCGACAUUGACAGCGAAACACCUCUUGGCAGAGGUGAGAGAAGCAAGCGCAAACGGCGAAUCCGCAGUAUCAGUCCUGGUGGUACACCAGGUGGACGGGGCACGCCAGAUACCGGUUCCGGAGCUGGAUAUGGUGGAGGAGGUGGAACCUUGUCUGACUGGGAACGGCAGAAUUGGCGAUGCACCAACUGCAAGGUAUGGGGUACUGCAGUUUGGGCAGUACGCGAUGGUCCAGCUGGUCCAAGGACUCUUUGCCACAAUUGUGGUCUCCUCUAUGAGCGCGACAAGAUUGCCCCAGAGUGGUCAAAGGAUCUCCACAGGCAUGAUAUCCCUGUUGGCAGAUAA